CUCCCGCCGCCUCUUGCCCCGCCGCACACGGUGACGAUGACACGCCCCCUGCCUCCAUAAAGAAUAGCAAACAUCUCUUCGCGUUGAGCACUAUUUUCAGCCGCCAUUUAUUAUUAUUGUAAUGGAUUCACAGUGGAGAGAGAAAAGGCUCUACCCAGUUCUAGGCAUCUGCGCCAUCUUCUUCCUGUUGUAUGUCAACUUCCACGAUGAAUUCGAGCUCCCUGUUCUGGUAUGGAAUCUGCCCAGGAUAGGUUUCGUGGGGGUGAACCACACCAGAUUCGUGCUCAUUGGAGAGGAUGGGAAUCGUGAAUCGGAAUCGGAAUCGGAAGUGUACGUAAAUGGGUGGAAUUCUUAUUGGUUGAUGGAUGAGAGCGCUCAGCUGGGUUCUUCCAGGCGCAGGGUUUCUGAGAUGCUCAAGCGAGGUUCUCAAAUGGGGUUGACCGUUUGCCGCACGUGGGCUUUCAGCGAUGGCCCUGACCCGAAUUCUCUUCAGCUCCGACCCGGUGUCUUCAAUGAACGUGUCUUCAAGGCAUUAGACUAUGUGUUAGUUGAAGCAAGAAAACACGGGAUACGAUUAAUCCUAAGCCUCGUGAAUAAUUUGGACGCGUACGGUGGAAAAGCUCAGUACGUGCGUUGGGCGGAAGAAGCUGGAGUCGAUGUCUCAUCCUCGACCGAUUCGUUUUUCUCCGACCCAACCAUAAAAGGUUAUUACAGAGCUUACGUCAAGGCUAUUUUAUCUAGAAAGAAUUCAUUUACCGGAGUAAAAUAUUCCGAGGAACCAUCUAUUUUCGCAUGGGAACUGAUAAACGAGCCUCGGUGUGAAUCCGUUUCAUCUGCUCCUUUUCUUCAGUCUUGGAUUACGGAGAUGGCUGCAUUCGUGAAAAGUUUGGACAAAAAACACCUCGUAACAGUCGGGCUCGAAGGGUUUUACGCCUCGAAAUCAACGGAGAAUUACGGAGCAAAUCCAGGGGAAUGGGCCGCAUCACUUGGAUCGGACUUCAUUAACAACUCCGCCAUUAAAGACAUCGACUUUGCUUCAGUUCAUGCUUAUCCCCACAGCUGGAUCCCGCAGGCGGAUUUAGAAGCAAAAGUGAAGUACCUUUCGAACUGGGCAGAUGCUCAUAUAAGCGACAGUGAAAAUGUGUUGAAGAAGCCGCUUCUUUUUACGGAAAUCGGCGCCCCUUUGAGCGUUCAGACAGAUGGAUCUUAUGACAGAGACAUCUUAUUGAAGAUUGUUUACGACAAGGUUUACAAGUCAGCGAAGAAAAGGGAGGCGGGUGCUGGUGUGCUGAUCUGGCAGUUGUUGGUUGAGGGAGUUGAAGAAUAUCGGGAUCGAUUCUCCUUAGUUGCUUCCAAGUAUCCUUCGACGUAUAAAUUGAUAUUGGAGCAAUCGUGCAGGUUAAAAAAUAUGUCGAAAAAGGGCGAAACGGACAAUAGUGGAAAAGAUCCUUGUUACAGUAAGAUGAGUUAUUAAUAGUCUGUCAUUCUUUUUUAUACAUGGAUGGAUCAAGCAAUUACUUAUUUA